GUCUUUCUUUUUUUUUUUUGUUAACUGCUUUUUUAAACUGUAUUCAGAGCUAAGGGACCACUAGACUACAUGUGAAAGCACAAGUGUUUUUUUUUUUUUUUUAAAGUCCUGGGAUUCCCCUUUAGGAGUGGGAGACUUAUCUCCCUUGGCUUUUUAAGGAUAUUUUUUUGGGUUAAGAGAGGAAGAGGGCUCUGGUUGCGUGGUGGAGAUCAGAAAAAGGUGGUAUCUUGAGCGCGGGAUGGGUUGGACUUCCAGAUUUCAGACACAGAGCAUAAAGUUUCUGGUCUGAGAUGCUUGACAUGAGUAAAGCUAUGGAUUAGAAACUUAUUGUAUAGAAGAGGGAAAGGAAGGGAAGUCUUCUUAUCAAGAUCUCUUGAACUGUGGAGAUGGAGAAACAGCAAAGCUUUCGCCUUGGAGCGUUAGAUAAAUUGCAGAGCUUUCGUCUAGGAGCUAUGGAGAAGCAAAAGAGCUUUCGGAUGGGGUCGAUGGAGAAACAAAAGAGUUUCCGGUUGGGGUCCAUGGAUAAACAGCAGAGCUUCAAGGAGAGGAGGUACCGGGAUAGCCCUGGGAAGCGAGGGGAUACACCGUUGCAUCUAGCUUCUAGAGCUGGCAAUGUGGUGCAUGUUCAGAGGAUACUUUCUGAUUGCGAUGAGAGGCAAUUAAAAGAUUUGAUUUCUAAGCAGAACCAGGAUGGAGAGACGGCGUUGUAUGUUGCUGCAGAGAAGGGGCAUGUUGAGGUUGUUCAUGAGAUAUUGAUGGUUUCUGACUUUCAGUCAGCUAGUACAAAGGCCAAUAACAGCUUUGAUGCAUUUCAUAUUGCUGCUAAGCAAGGCCAUCUCGAAAUUUUGAAAGAGUUGUUGCAGUCUUUUCCCGCACUCGCUAUGACUACAAAUUUAAUGAAUUCUACAGCCUUGGACACUGCUGCCACUCAAGGCCAUCUUGAUGUUGUCAAUCUUCUGCUAGAAACAGAUGCUAAGCUCACCAAGAUUGCACGAAAUAAUGGAAAAACUGUUCUGCAUUCAGCAGCAAGAAUGGGCCACGUAGAAGUGGUAAAAUCCCUAUUAAAUAAGGAUCCCAGUGUUGGUUUGAGGACAGAUAAGAAGGGGCAGACAGCAUUUCACAUGGCUGUGAAAGGCCAAAAUGUUGAAAUAGUACAAGAACUGCUGAAGCCUGAAAUCUCAAUAAUUCAUUUGGAGGAUAACAAGGGGAACAGACCAUUGCAUAUUGCAACUAGGAAGGCCAAUCUUGGGAUAGUGCAGGCCUUACUAUCAGUUGAGGGGAUUGAUGUCAAUGCAAUCAAUAGAGCUGGCGAGACCGCUCUUGGCAUUGCAGAAAAAUGCUGUAAUGAACAGAUUGCUGCAAUUCUAAGAGAGUUUGGUGCUGUGGUUGCAAAGGAACAAGCAAAUCCAUCGAACCCUGCAAAGCAACUAAAGCAAACUGUCAGUGACAUAAAACAUGAUGUUCAAUCCCAACUCCGACAAACCCGUCAGACUGAAAUGAGGGUUCAGAAGAUCAAGAAAAGACUUCAGAAGCUGCACAUGGGAGGUCUCAACAAUGCCAUCAAUUCCAACACACUGGUUGCGGUGCUCAUUGCCACCGUGGCCUUUGCAGCCAUAUUCACCGUGCCUGGCCAGUUUGUUGAGGAUCCCACACCAGGAUACAGCCUUGGACAAGCUUACGUGGCAAAGAAAGCAGCAUUCAUCAUCUUUUUGGUCUUCGACUCAUUGGCCCUCUUCAUCUCUCUUGCGGUGGUUGUUGUUCAGACUUCAUUAAUAGUUGUCGAGCAGAAGGCCAAGACGAUGAUGGUGUUUGUGAUGAACAAGCUUAUGUGGCUAGCAUGUCUCUUUAUAUCGGCUUCCUUCAUCUCACUGACAUAUGUUGUGGUGGGUCAUGAUUGGUGGCUUGCCUGGUCUACCCUGGCAAUCGGUGCCUCUAUCAUGCUGACCACCCUGGGGUUCAUGUGCUACUUCAUUGUUGUUCACCAGUUCGAAGAAAAAACCUUGAGGAACAUAAGGAGGGCCUCUGGGAGUAGGUCACGCUCAUGGUCUCUGUCUGUGGCAUCAGACACGGAGAUAUUGAACAGUGAAUAUAAGAAGCUGUAUGCAAUUUAGAAUGGAUAAGUUCACAUUAUUAUGGUGUCUGCACUUCAAGAGCUGUCAGAUUCUCCAUCAAGUUUCCUGCACCCUUGUAUAUAUCUGAUGCGCAGCCCUGGAAGAUUCAUCAUAGGCAUUUUACCAUGGUGUUGGCUAGAAUGGAUUCAGGCCUUAAUACAUGACCUUUAUGAGUUUGAAACUCACUGUUGCUUAGUGAAAUAAAGGACAUAUCUUCCAAAGUUACUAUGAAUUGAAAUUAAUAUUCAAGAAGGUUACUUGGUGUCAUGGAAGAAAUCCAUUCCAUAUCACCC